AAAGAUGGCGGCUUCCGCCGGUGUGACAGGAGCGGUGGAUGCGGCAGAGAAGGCAAGAGGGAAAUACGCUGCGCUCUCCUUUGCCACCAUCGCUGUUGUGGUGGGGCUGCCCCUCUGGUGGAAAACGACAGCCACUGACCGGGCUUCACUGCCUUACUCCGAGAUCGCCAACUUGGACACCCUAGAGUUCCAGCUGACUGUGCCAAUCUCGGUUGUGUUUGCCAAAGGGACUCUGCCAGGGGACCAGGAGAGGAAGCUCCCCUUUAGAGAGAGUCAGGAGGCAGAGACCCCCUUAAACCCCAAGACCAGCGUGACAGCCCACUAUCAGAUAUCUUAUCGCCGUGCCACGCCCCAGGAAGAACAGGCCCUAUCCCAGGUCUCUGGGCAAGAUGAUGUGGUGCUGCCAGCGCAAGAGGCCCCAGCAGGCUCACUUACUAUCUUUGUGAUACCACCUGGCUCUCAUCUUCUGCCACAGGUAGCUACCAUGUACAUCGGCAAGCACCGCAGUGCCAUAAUUCGAGCCCCAGGAGGCACAGCCGAUGUGCUAGCAGUCGUGAGGACAAAAAUACAGCAGGUGACCCGGGUCAUGUCCUUCUCGGCUGAGUCCAUCACCGGGGCCCUCUCUGACCGCAUCCCUAUCCUCCAUCUGGGAACUGAGUGGAAGCGGCCCUUCAAAUCCAGCUUAGGGUACGAGAUCACCUUCAGCUUGCUGAAUCCUGAUCCCAAAACCCAUGAUGUCCACUGGGACAUUGAGGGAGCCAUCCGUCGCUACGUGGAGCCCCUCCUGAACAAGCUGAGAUCGGUAGCAGAGAUCUCCGUAGACUCGCAAAUCCUGUACUAUGCAGCACUGGGGGUCACACCCCGUUUUGAUGCAUCUUCCUCCAGCUACAUACUCGGUGCACACAGCCUGCCCCAUGUCAUUAACCCUGUGGAAGCCAGGCUGGGUUCCAGCGCUGCCUCACUUUUCCCCGUGCUCAACUUCCUGCUGUAUGUGCCGGAGCGUUUGCACUCACCGCUCUAUAUCCAGGACAAGGACGGUGCUGCUGUGUCGACCAAUGCUUUCCACAGCCCACGCUGGGGUGGGAUUAUGGUGUACAAUGUUGAGCCUGAGGCAGCCAAUGAGACUUCCUUCCCAAGGCGGGUGGAUGUGGACAUGGUUCGGGUGAUGGAAGUGUUUCUGGCCCAGCUACGGUUGCUCUUUGGGAUUUUGCCGGUGCCACUUCCGGAGGACGCCCUGCUGGAAAGUUUUGGAAACGAGGGCCUCUCUGCCUGGGAGCUGGAUCGCCUCUUGUGGGCCCGCACCGUUGAGAAUGUAGCCACUGUGGCGACUACCCUGACCUCCCUGGCUCAGCUGCUGGAGAAGAUUAGCAACAUUGUGAUCCAGGAGGAUGUGGCAUCGCAGGUGUUCCAUGCUGUGGAGUCAGCCCAGAAGGCGCUGCUGGACUUGGGCCUGGGCCACCUGGAGUCUGCCUUCCAGGCCAGCAAGGAGGCUGUCAUGUCCUCCGAACGGGCCUUCUUCGACCCAUCGCUCCUCCAUCUCCUUUAUUUCCCCGACGACCAGAAGUUCGCCAUCUACAUCCCCCUCUUCCUCCCCAUGGCUGUUCCCAUCUUGCUGUCUUUGGUGAAGAUCCUGCGAGAAGCCCGACAGAGCAAGAAAGAUUCCACCAAAAUGGACUGAUCGCCCUCCUUGAGACUGGGGUGUGACUGUGAGGGCGGGAGUUCCAGGGAUGCCGAGUGCAGAGGCUGGGGGGCGGGGGGCAGUAUUCUGUCCAACAAUAGAGAGCUGUGGGGCUCCAGAAAGUUUAGCUUGGCAUAACCUCAAAGGUUUUGCCAGCUUCCUCAGGAAGUACCUUCUUAAGGAGAAACUGGAGCCCAGUCUUCUCUGGAGGGGGGUGGCACAGAGUAGGCCUUCUCCAAAGUGGGCUGUCAGUCGAUCCGUUUAGCACGGCAGGUCCAAAGUGGGCUUUGCUGACACUGGUCACUUGCAGCUGCCCCCCACAGGGUUUGCAAGGGGAGGAAGGGGGGGGAUCCUUCCCAAGCUCCCCCCCAGAGUCAUAAGGGGCAGGGUGCAGAGGUGCUUCCCUUGGGGGAGGGGCUAGUGCAUUUCCUUGCCUGCCCCACCCCAACUCCUGGGGGAACCGGCUGGCUCUGGGCAAAGUGGACUGUUGGUCUAAUCCUGCCUGCUUGGGCAGAGGCUGGGGGCCUGGUGUGUGUAUGGGGCGGGGUGGGGAGCUGCCUCUUCUAUAACAACGUAUAAUAAAGAUCCCUCU